AUGUCGUUGCAAUCAAAUGAAAUAAUUGACCGUUCACUUGGUAUGGUAAUUGGUAUAGCUGUUGGAGACGCUAUGGGUAUUUCAUUCAAAAAUCUUACUCCAGAACAAAUCGCCGAAAUUCAGAUAUCACUCAACAAAAACGAAUCUUUGUUUGUCAAUGCUGCUGGUCGCAAUCCAUACAUUCCUAAUGAAUGGCUAGCAGAUGAUGAAUAUAAGAAAACAUUAAAAAAUCUAGCAAAUCGUCUAUCAUCAGUUUCUGUUCAAAAUCUAAAUCCUUCAGAAGAUAUUGAAAAUAAACCAGAGAUGCUAGAUGUACAAGUCAAAAAUCCGGAAUAAAAACCUUGUAUUCAACAACAACAGCAAGAAGAAGUCGAUGGUUCUUCUUCUUUAUCAUUUGAACCAAUUGAACAAGAAAAAUUUUUAUUUGAAAGAAUUUAUGAUAAUCGAAUGCAAAUAGAAAUGCAACAUCAACAGUUAACGAUGAAAGCAGCAUGUUUAUUAUGUUUUUUAUCGAUUAAUAACGACUUUUUUAUUUAUAAAAAUACAAAUUCUGAACAUAAAUCAUUUGUUAAACAUAUUUGA